CACUACACACACCAAACCAUAAGUAAACAAAAACAAUCCUCCGAUCAUCCCAUCUCAAUUUCAAUCUCAUUUCAAGACGACAAAAUUUGUCCUAAAUUAAGUCCACACGCCCAAUACAUAUAUAUAUAUCUCAUCAUCAUUAAUUCCUUUCCUCCUCUCCUAUAUAUAAAUCCAUCAUCACUCCCCCUUUCUUUCCUUAUAAUUCAUCAGUAAUUCACUGCGUCCACCCCAGCAUACAACGACUUGAUUGUCAUCCACUUCCAAAGGAAAAUGGAAGACUAUAAUUUUGAUCAUGAGAUGUUUGAUCUCAAGCCUAUUAUUCCUGAGAUCUACACCACAGUAGCACACCAGCAGCAGCCCCAAACUUCUGGAAGAUCCGACGGCGCCAAUGGGAUGAUGAGGAUGAUGAUGAUGAGCAGCUCUACAAGCUGGAAUUCUUGCGAUGCCCACCAAAUUAUUAUGAACACAAACCCUUCUUCUUCUAAUUCAUCACCUGCUGCUACUGCUUCUGCCCCCCCACAGUUAAUUUCUUUUCAAAACUCAAAUACAUCAUCAUAUCUUCCAACACAUUCAGAUACCCCGCCUAAUUGUCAUAACUACAAUCUUGAGAUGUCUAAGGAUUAUAUUUCCAGUACCCCACAAGUUAUAAGUUUCUCCGCUAACUGGGCUGAUCAUGAAGAUGAUUGUGGGCGGCUGGAUAACCAAUAUCAUGCUGCAGCGGAUGGGGCGGUGAGCAACAAGAGGGUUUGUACAGCGAGCCGGACGCCGUUGCAGGCACAGGAUCAUCUCGUGGCUGAGAGGAAACGCCGUGAGAGGCUAGGCCAAUUAUUCAUCACUCUU